CCCUAGUUUUUUUUUUCUUUCAAGAAAUCAACCAAGGAAAAUUAAGACAAAGCCUCUUUUCAUUUUGGCAUUUGUUAUCUCAGUUUCCUUCUUCACUUCUUCUCCACAUUGCUUCACUCUGGUGCAAGUAUCUAUCAGCAGAAAAUGAGUCCUACGAAGAUUGAACCCGAAGAGGUUGAAGGAGAAAUAAUCGGUAGCACAGAUUACUUCUUCGUGAAAGUCGGUGAGGCUGUUCCGUUGAAAAGCUCCGACUUCAAUUUUGAAGCUGAAACCCUUCCCUCCCAGGCUAUUGCCAUCUCUGAGUGCUUUCGCCUCACUUUUGUGGCUCAUUCUAGGGGUUUUUUCGUUGUGAGGACAAAGGACAUUAUUGAUUCCGCAAACCAGUUUAAGGAGAACGGUAAUGGCUCUCCCGUGGAGCAACUGAGUCUCGUGGAUGUUUCUAUUGGGAGGAUACGAUCUUUGACUCUUUCCACAGAUAAUUUGACACUGGCUGCUGUGACUUCUUUAUCAGGAGAUAUUCAGUUUUACUCUGUUGAAAGCUUUUUGAAUAAGGAAGUUAAGCAAUCCUUUUCCUGUUCACUCGAUGAUUCAGCCUUGGUCAAGGACAUGCGUUGGAUAACAACACAAAAAAAUUCUUACAUUGUACUUUCAAAUACUGGGAAACUAUAUCACGGAGAGAUUGGUUUUCCACUUAAACAAGUGAUGGACAACGUUGAUGCUGUUGAUUGGGGUAUGAAAGGUUCAUUUGUUGCUGUUGCAAGUAAGAGUGUUCUAAGCAUUUUAUCAGUUGAGUUUGAAGAAAGAGUUUCAAUUUCACUCUCCUUUGGAUCAUGGAUUGGUGAUUCUGCAGCAAAUAAUAGUAUAAAAGUUGAUUAUGUGAAGUGCAUUCGACCUGAUUCUAUUGUAAUUGGAUGCGUUCAAGUUACUGAAGAUGGCAAGGAGGAAAAUUAUCUUGUCCAAGUUAUUAGAAGCCGACAUGGUGAAAUUAAUGAUAAAUGUUCUGAAUUAGUUGUUCAAUCCUUCUAUGAUAUCUACCAAGGGUUAAUUGAUGAUAUUGUACCAGUGGGAAGUGGGCCUUACCUUUUAUCGGUGUACAUAAACCAAUGCCAACUUGCAAUCAAUGCCAACUUGAAGAAUACAGAUCAGCACAUUAUAUUACUUGGUUGGUCAGCAGAUGAUGACAAGAGUGAAGUUGCAAUUGUUGAUAUUGAACGAGAUAAAUGGGUUCCAAGAAUUGAACUUCAAGAAAAUGGUGAUGAUAAUUUACUAGUGGGGCUAUGCGUUGAUAAUGUUUCAAUCUAUCAAAAGGUUGGAGUUCAACUGGGUGUGGAAGAAAUGACAGAGCUUUCACCAAUUUGUGUUCUUGUAUGUCUUACAUUAGAAGGAAAACUUGUCAUGUUCCAUGUUGCCAGUCUUGCAGGAAAUAAAGAUUCACCGGAGAUUGAUUCUGAUCUGCACAAUUAUGAAAAUACAUCUCUAGAAAACCAUCCUGGAGAUAAAGGUUGCACUUUUUCUGAGGGAUUGCAGAAGCAGGAAGAUAAGACUUUUGAGGUUAAUGGGAAUCUUAUGGCCAAGCCCUCUGGCAAUCUUCAACAAAUAACAUGUUCUGAUACUAAGGACUCAGAAGUGAAAUUUGUGGCAAAUUCACUGAGUCUAUUGUCUAAUGAACAACAAGUUGUUUCUGAUGUAGAUGCGAAUCAAGAUACAGGUUAUCAAAAUCCAUUUCGUUCAGGUGAACAAAAGAUCUUAGGUCAAAAGACUGCAGCCCUUGGAACUAGCAUUGGUUCUUUAACAGUGAACAGUCAUUCUGCUUCUCCUGGUUUACCAGAAACUACUGAGAAAACCAGGGUGCUGUGGACAGGAAAUAGCUCACGGAACUCGCAGAGAGCUUCUAAUCUAUUUCCUGGUGAAAAAUUUUCAUUCCCAAAAGAGUCAGAUGUGUCUUCAGUUUCAGCUUCUAGCUACGCUGAUGGUGUGGGUUUUCAAGAUAAAAAGUAUACCAUGGGUGCCACAAAUGUUUCUGGGAGUAUAGGUGGAAAACCCUUUGUUGUACAGGAUAUGAAUAAAUCUCCAGCCAUCAAUUCUACCAGUAAGCUAGUUCAGAAUAGGGGACAACUAUCUCCUUUAUUAGCUGGAAAUAUGCUACCAGCGUUGAAUAGCAGUUCACAUUUGUCAUCUGACAGUAAUACUGCAGCUAUGAAGUCUUCUGCUACGAAGCUCCUUCCUUCAAAUGAGCAGCAUGGAACUUCGUCUAAGCUCGGGAUAUCCAGUUCUGAUUUAUCCAAACAGUUUGGCAAUAUUAAUGAGAUGACUAAAGAAUUGGAUCUACUUUUGAGAUCAAUAGAAGUGGCUGGUGGGUUCAAAGAUGCUUGCACAAGGUCACUACAAAGUUCAAUUGAAGAAGUGGAGCUAGGCAUGGAUGCUUUGUCUAAAAAAUGCAAAUUAUUAAUGUCCCAAGUGGAUGAACAUCACGAGGAAGUUCAUUAUCUUCUUAACAAGACAAUACGAGUUAUGGCAAGAAAAAUAUAUUUGGAGGGCAUAUAUAAGCAAGCUUCUGAUAGCCGAUAUUGGGAUCUAUGGAAUAGGCAAAAGUUGAAUUCAGAACUUGAGCUAAAACGACAGCAUAUAUUGAGUCUGAAUCAGGAUUUGACCAAUCAGUUAAUUGAAUUGGAGAGGCAUUUCAAUGCCCUUGAACUGAAUAAAUUCAGUCAAAAUGGUACCCGGGACAUGGGUCAUGGACCUUCCCAAAAUAGAUAUGGACCUUCGAGAUAUGUUCAGUCAUUGCAUAGUUUACAUAGUGCAAUCAAUUCGCAGCUUGUAGCUGCAGAAAAUCUCUCUGAUUGCCUUUCAAAACAAAUGUCAGCGUUGAGUUUAAGGUCUCAAACUGAGGAAAGAAAGAAUUUGAAGGAGCUACUUGAAACAAUAGGAAUUCCAUAUGAGGAAGCUUUUGGCUCACCAGACACGAAAUGUUUUAUGAAGACUCCACCUAGUAAGAAGAUUCUGUUUUCUGAUUUGACGGUUAAUAAAGAUCAAUCUAGGAGAAAUCAAACCAGUGUAGUGAAGAGUUGUGAACCGGAAACGGCCAGGAGGAGAAGAGACUCACUUGACCGGAGUUGGACCUGUUUUGAACCUCCUAAGACCACCGUUAAGAGGAUGCUACUGCAAGAACUUCAGAAACUUAAUAAAAAAGAAUCAUUAUAUUCAAUGAAUAAAGAAAAAAAGGUUACCACGUUAGAGGGAUCUGCUCCUCGUCAGACAGAUGCUAGAAUUCCUUCAAUUGUAUUCCCUUCUAAAAUGAAAGCAAACGUUCUAAAUUCUCAUCUUCAACUUGAAGAGGUGUCGGAAAAAUCAAAGGCAUUUAUACCUGCUGACAGCCUCCGAGCACCCACUCAAAUUUCAGAGUCUACAUCUAGUGUUUUGCCAAAAGGUAAUGCUUUAUUCAUACCCCCACAGUCUGAAUUCCGUUUGUCACCAACAAUGGUGCAUGGUUAUUCCACAGAGACUAAAGAUUUGGCUACUGAAAAGUCAACUGUUCAAAAGUUUGAUUUUGCUUCAAAUAAUGAAAACAAGCCUACCCUGCAUUGGAAAAUCGCUCAAAAAUCAUCAAUACCUACCUAUUCAACCACAGAAACACCUUCAAUGCAGACUAUAUCCAGUGAAAUGCCCAUUACAAAGAGUAAAAUGAAUAUUGCUACGAGUUCCACAACCGUAGACAAACCUUCUAAUGCGUUUACUCCCGAGACUUUGAGAAAAGUCUUCCCGUCAUCUGAGACACAGUCAUCUACUAUUUCUACAUCGUCACCCUUUCUGGGAAAAGUUACUGACUUCCACGUUGAUAAAAGCCUGCCCAAGGAAAAUGUUCAUGCAGUCCCCACAUUUGGUGGUUCAUUUAAAUUUGUGCCAUCUUCGACUGCUAAGACAUCAUCCUCCCCACCAUCAUCAUCUAUCUCAUCUGCGGCAGUGCCAGUAGCAGCGUCAGUGACAUCAAAUAGCUUGACUAGUUUGAACACCAGUACGGAUUCAAAUCAAGCCAUUUCAACAUCUUCAUCACCUUUUCUUCACUUUUCUAAUCAGAAACCUAAAGACACAGUGACAUCGCUAGCUAACCCACCUGGCUUGAAGUCUUCCUUAGGGUCACUUAAGUCAGAGACUCAACCAGCUUCCAUACCUAAAUCAGAUAUUCAACCGGCUUCUCUACUGAAAGCAGAUACUCAACCAGCUGCUGUGUCUAAUUCAAAGACUGAUCCAGAUGCUGCUGCAGAAGUAGUCACUAGACCGAAUGAACCCGUAAAUAAUGCAUCUGAAUUGAAGCUUGAACCUACAAGGAAAUUCGGUCCUACUAUCGAUCAAUCUUCUUCCAACAAUAUAACAAGUUUUGAUCUCAAUGCAAUCCCAGUUUCUCAAGCUGCACGACCUUCUGAUACUCCCUUGCAGUUUUCAACUUCUUUCCUCUCUUCUGCUAGUGCUUCAAGUGGGAAAAAUGAGGGUUUGGAAGUUGGAAUUUCACAUGAGGAUGAGAUGGAGGAAGAAGCUCCUGAGACAAGUAACAACACGGCUGAACUUAGUUUGGGAAGUUUUGGUGGGUUUGGGAUUAGCUCAAGCCCUAACCCAUCAAUGCCUAAGUCAAAUCCUUUUGGGGGUUCAUUUAAUAAUGUAGCGACUAGUUUACCAAGCUCUACAGUUUCAUUCUCUGUUCCUAGUGAAGGGUUCUUUAAACCAGCCUCUUUCACUUUCUCAAACCCUCAGUCAUCUGCGCAAACUCAGACAACAAAUCCUGGUGCAUUCUCUGGUGGCUUCAAUGCUGGCGCUGCUGUUCCCGAUCAAGCUCCUCCUAGUGGGUUUGGGAAGCCGGCUCAAAUUGGAUCAGGGCAACAGGUUCUUGGAUCAGUACUCGGUGGUUUUGGACAAUCAAGACAGCUUGGUAGUGGUUUACCUGGAAGUGGUUUUUCCCCUCCCAGUGGUUUUGGUCGUGGAUUUGCUGGAAGUAGUUCUACUAACCCUCCCAUUGGUGGAGGGUUUGCUGGCAUAGCAUCAACAGGUAGAGGCUUUGCUGGUGUUGCAUCCCCUGGUGGUGGAUUUGCCGGUGCUGCUGCCCCUGGUGUUGGUUUUGGUGCUGUUCCUCCAAAUGGAGGAUUUGCUGGAGCUGCUUCAGGUGGUGGUUUUGGAGCAUUUAGCAGCCAAGGGAAUAGUGGAUUUGGUGCUGUUGGCGGCAGUAAGCCACCUGAGCUAUUCACACAGAUGAGAAGGUAGUUCAAGGUUAUACUGAUUGAAAUGCUUAAGUAUAGUUUAUAUUGUGAAGCUCCAUAAAGUAAUUACGGCCUAACUCAAUAUUAAGAAACGGGAUCAUUUUAAUGAUGAACAAUUUUAUUCUAACUUUUCCCUGAUAAAUGUAUGAAAUUUGUGGUCAAAGUUAUAUGAUA